CUUGGAGCAAAGCAAGUCGAUAUCUUCGAGGGGGGGAGGGGUGUCGGGUCCGUCCACACUCCACGAGUAAGUAAGAUCGUCAAGUAAUGGUGGGCACUGUCACUGCCGGCGAAUCGGUGACUCAGUGAUUGGAUUAACCAGAGUUAAUUCCGAGGACCGACUAGCCCCCAGAUCCAUCUUUGUCGACUCCAUUACCGGUCGCUUACUUCCAAGUUCCAAAUAUGGGUGGUAAGUCUUUCAACUUUUUCGGGUUUCCUUUUGCUGUUUCUUGUCUUCCAAAACGAUCAAUGCUUCAUCUUUUUUAUUGCGAUUUGCGAUGAUAUUCGUUCCGCUCUUAUCAAAUCCUGAGAAAUAUGGCGACGGGCGGUUCUCAGGUAAGAAGCCGGCUUCCGCUCGUUCCACUAGCAGUAGCUUAUGGCUGUCUUCAAACAGGAGCAAGAGGUGGGCGGAGCUUUUCUUCCUUCUCUAUACUCCUUUCUGGCUCACUCUAUGUUUGGGCAUUAUCGUCCCUUACAAGCUCUACGAGAGCUUUGCCGAGCUGGAAUAUUUGCUUGUGGGCUUGGUAUCUGCAGUUCCUGCUAUCUUGAUACCAGCAUUGUUUGUUGGAAAGGCCGAUAGAAGCUUGGCACUGAAGGAUCGCUAUUGGGUUAAGGCAAGCCUGUGGAUAAUCAUUUUUAGCUAUGUUGGAAACUACUUUUGGACCCACUAUUUCUUUACUGUGCUGGGAGCUGAGUACACAUUCCCAUCUUGGAAGAUGAAUAAUGUUCCACACACAACCUUUCUAUUGACCCAUGUUUGCUUUCUUUUUUAUCAUGUCACCUCGAACAUGACACUUCGGAGGCUACGCCAUGCUACUGUCGAUUUGCCAGGCCCAAUUCAGUGGGCAUUCGAGGCAUCUUGGAUUUUGGCUCUUUCCUAUUUCAUUGCAUACUUGGAGACAAUUGCCAUUGCCAACUUCCCUUACUAUGACUUUGUGGACCGAGAAGCCAUGUACAAAGUUGGGUGCUUGUUUUAUGCCAUCUAUUUCAUUGUUAGCUUCCCUAUGUUUCUGAGGAUUGACGAGAAACCAGGUGAUGCAUGGGACUUGCCAAGGGUAGCUGUUGAUGCGCUUGGAGCUGCAAUGCUGGUUACAAUAAUACUCGACUUAUGGCGACUUUUUCUAGGGCCGAUUGUACCACUUCCCGAGACAAAGCAAUGUCUUCAGCCCGGGCUCCCCUGGUUUACUGGAGAUGCGAACCAGACGUAGGAGUUUGUACGUGAGUAUCUGGUUUUGUAUUGACGAACGCAUGAGUCAGGGUAAAUGCAGGCGAAGUGUAGAGAAUGGAGUAACAUGAUCUUGCAGCCUUAGAUCUCUGGCUUUGUCCCUUUUGGACAUCAGAGCAUAUGGGCCAUUUGGGGUUUUCUUUCCUUUCCGGAGGGCAAAGUCGGCUUUGUUUAGUUGAAGUGUUUGCUUAUUAAUCUGGAAUCUCAUUGGCAACUGAAAACUAGGGAGUAGCGAGAGCAGAGUUUGUCCUGUCCUCAACCAUCUUUGAUGUUGUAUGUCUACUGCUCUUGUUGCACUAAAUGUAACAACAUUUCCUGAUUACGAAUUUUGUCAAGGUGAACGAGGUUUUCCUUAACUGUAUAUUUACCAGUGAGUGACGUUACUUGUUAAAAUCAUCAUUUCUCGUGUUUUCCCGUC